AUGCGGAAUCGUUGGGUAAGAUGUGCAGGGGAGAGACACAAGGCCGAAGUAGUGAAGAGAUAUUUCAACACAUUUGCCGCAAAACAUCCUGGCUACACCUUUAUAAUUGCAAAGAAAUUCAAUGACUUGUAUGAUGUGUGCAUCACGGCUCAACAAUGCUCUGAGAUCAAGACGCAUUUGGAAAGGGAAUUUGGCCUUGCUGGAUAUCUAGAUGAAGCUAUGUCUCUGGAGGUGCCUUGGAGAGAUUGCACAGAAAAAUCGUUCAGAAACACCCAAGAUUUUCGUGAAUAUCGAGAACAUACAUUAGUUUCCAAGAACAGACCCGUGAUCAGGGCUAAACAUGCAGAAGCAAAACAGCACCACGACAAAGUGGAAGAUGUUUUUGCAACCGCCCGCAGGAGAGCUUUUCAAAUUCUAUGCUUUGAUAUCGAGGUAUACGAGCACAACCACGACAUUAUGUUGGAGAUUGGUUAUGUCAUUUGUCAAUUCUCUCCAGUCACACGUUAUACGAGCUACAGGAGCCAAGGUGACAAACCAGACGUAACCCUGGUCGCUAAGCGUCAUCUCAUCAUUCGAGAGAAUCUUCACUACAAGAAUGGUGAUCGAGUUCCAGAUAAUCGUUAUGGGUUCAGGUUCAGUUCUUCUGAAACCUUGUCAAUGAAGGUUGCAGUAAAAAGGUGGAUAUUUGUAAAUAUUUUAUAUUUACAAUUUUGUAGGUUAUGCCCAAUAAAUACGUGAAUACCCCACCAAGGUCGUCCAGGGGCGCAACUGUUGGGGGGAAGGCGACACCCCCCCCCCCCCAAGUUAAAAUGGUGUGAUACUCGGAGGCAAACUUUGUCUAGUGCUGGGCUGGGCAAAGCAGUUGAAGUCAUGUGUAGAAAAGAUAGAAAAGUUUACGAAUUUCAUGGCAGAUUGAUUGGUGACCACGCCCAUUUAUCGGGCAAAAAGAACUGAGGUCGUCUUUUAAAUGAAGUAACAAACCCCUUUAUUAAGCCCCACGCUCAGUUUACAAGAAACACCAAUGUGCAUUGGUUGAUUAGUCGCCCAAGUGGCUACCGGUCGCCAAAUUUAAUAUCAGUUCGCCAUAAAUCAAUGUAUUCUGAGGUAUUCCUUGAUAUAUAGAUAACAUAAGAAAACCCCGGUUGUUUAAUAUGUCGGGAAAUUAUAUGCAAAAGCAGAUACUUAAAACUUAAGAUACUGAAAUAUUGUAUUGCUUUCGAUUACUUUAAUCAUUUCAUAUCAUCAAAUAUCGGGUCUCCAGAUAAAAAAAAUCUCUGUCGCAAUUGGCUACCUGCAUGGCCAUUUUAACCUCUGAUGUAUCGAGUUUACUUUCGAAAUCUCAGAUUUUAAUUUCCAACCUGCAAACGGGCACAUUCUUGCCUUACGAAAUUAGGGAAUUCAUAACGCUUGCGGAGAGGGUUAUAUAGUCUAAAGCCGUCUACAGUGUUUCUUAUCUGUAGUGUUUCUUAUCUGUUGUGAUUCUGCACUUCUGCCCCCUCUUUAUUGAGCUUCCCCCUCUCCAGUAGUGCCUGCUUAAUAAACCCCCCUGAGUGGCUUAACGGAAGAUUUAUCCUGUAUGAAUAAUCAAUAAAGUUUACAUUAUUUUUAUUAUCAUGUUAAAGGUUUCGUGAAGAUGUCAGAGAAUGUGAUUACAUUCUUGGUCACUCAGUGAAACAUGACGAUGAUUACCUGAGAAAUAUAGGCGUCGAUUUGAGCGAGCUUGGUAAGGAAAUGUUCGACACACAAGUCGUCCAAACCUACAAGGAAAGUUUGAAAGAAAGUGAGAAAUAUUUCAUGCGUGGUCUGUCUUAUCUAUUGAAAGAGUACAAGGUUAAUUAUGAAGACAGUGAUCUACAUAAUGCUGGCUGUGAUGCCUUCUACACGAUGAUGGUGUUUCUACGACAGAGGGAAUACAGUGCUGAGGAAAUCAAUACCAUCAUUGCAUCUCAAUAG